AUGGUAUCCAAAGGUUUCUUUGCGUUCCUGGCCCUGGGCCUCUUGAUCCAGGCGGCGUAUGCGCAGUACAUCAGUGGAAACUCAGUGGUGGACAACAAUAUUGUGGUCAAUAGUGGAUCGUCCAACUCAGUUGGGUAUGCUGGUGGAUAUGGAUCUGGUCUUGGAGGGCUUGGAUUAGCCGAAGGGUAUGGUCUUGGCAGUGGACUUCCCAUCAAUUCUGCCCUCGGUCUUGGAAUUGCUGAAGGAAUUAAUCUCGGUGGCGGAAUACCUUUUAAUUCUGGAGUUGGUCUUAGUGGACUGGGAAUAGCUGAAGGAUAUGGUCUAGGAAGUGGUAUCAACUUAAAUUCUCUAGGUCUAGCCGGAGGGUUGGGAUUCGAAGGACUUGGAUUUGGUAGUGGAUUAGGUAUUGCUAAUAUACCAGCAGCUAGCGUCGAAGUAGUUGGAGCUGGUUUGGGCAUCAACGGAUUUGGUUCUGCUAGUGGAUUCGGCGGAGUGGAAAUCGGUGCUGGAUUAGGUGGUGUAGGAUUAAAUAGCGGAUUUGGUGCUGGACUUGGCUUUGGCAGUGCUAUUUCUAGUCCGGCUUUCCUCGACCUGAAUGGAUUAUCUGCCGGAGGAGUCUUUCAAGUUACUAGUGUUGGACCCGUUGUUCCGUUCGGUAUAAAUAUUGUCUCUGAUAAUGUUAUUGAAGGAGCUUUGUUGAUUACUGGUCAACUGCCGUUCCUGAGCGCUGUUGGCUUCGAAGGAGCGAUAGCAUCUGGUGGUGCUGGAGCUGCUUCUUGUGGAUGUGGCAAUGGAAAUGUUGGUAUCAUCAGCGAGACUGGGUCUGCAGCUGCUUUCCCGACUGGCGCCCUUGGUCUGGGUAUCGGUGGCGCAAAUGCCCUUGGAAUCAACGGUCUGGGUAACCUGGGCGGUUUGGGGUACUUCAUGUGA